AUGGCCUAUUAUGGUAAAAUGAAGAAAUUGUGGGACGAUCUUGUUGAUGUGGAUCGUUAUCCUAAUUGUGUGUGCAAAAAUUGCACAUGCAAAAUUGAUGCUGCUUUAGCCGACAAACGUGAAGAAGAGCGUGUUCAUCAAUUUUUGAUAGGCCUUGACGAAGGGGAGUAUGGUUCUAUUCGCUCACAGCUCUUGUCUCUUGAACCCCUACCUACUGUGAGUCGGGUUUAUAAUAUUUUGGUUCAGGAAGAGACGGCUCGUGUCACGGUUCGUGGUACUAAAGGAGGCACCGGUGAUGCUGCGGUGUUUGCCACUAUCAAGGAGAUUACAUGCACCAACUGCAAGAAGUCCGGACAUACUAUUGACACAUGCUUUAAGCUAAUUGCUUAUCCGGAAGGAUGGUCAGGUGGUCGGAACGGAGGACGUGGUGGCCGUGGAGGAGGCCGUGCCAGCAGCCGCCGCGGUGGGAGAGCCGGCAGGAACGACGGCUGCGACAUACCCGGGCAGCAUGCCGGCGGACGGGUGACAGAAACAUGCUGCAGCCACGACGCGUCUUUCACCGCUCUCCCGGACUUCGAAAACCUUACUCCUGAGCAGUGGAAUACGGUUCGUCAUGCCUUGUCUUUGUCUCCAACAGGGCCAACUUUGAACGAAUCGUUGUCAGGUAUUUCUUUACCUUGCUGGAUUAUUGACACAGGGGCAUCAAAUCACAUGACAGGGAACAUUAAUUUAUUGAGUAAUAUUAAGCAAACAGACCCUUGUAACAUUGGUUUGCCAGAUGGAAGCCGGGUUAUAGCAGUGAAAUCAAGAACGAUCUAUUUGACGGACAAUUUGAUUUUGAUGAAUGUUUUAUUUGUUCUUGUUUUAAGUUGCAAUUUGAUAUCUGUUUCCCAACUGACGAAGGACUCGAAAUGUGAAACACGAUUUACAGACAAAUCUUGUGUAUUACAGGAUCUAAAGACAACGAUUGGUGUGGGUGAACAUAGAGAGGGACUUUACUACUUCAAACAAGAUGGAAAACAAAAAGCGUUUAAUGCGGUUAAGGAGCAUAGUUUUGAUUUAUGGCAUAAACGUUUUGGACACCCCUCAUCUCGUGUUUUGUCUUUUGUUCAUUUAGCAGGUUCUGUUAAGAACAAUUGUUUAGAUAAUAAAUGUUGUGAGAUUUGUGUACGCGCUAAACAAUCACGUGCUAGCUUUCCUAUUAGCAUUCAUAAUUCUAGUGGAAUUUUUGACAUGGUGCAUUGUGAUUUAUGGGGUCUGUAUAAAACACCAAGUCUGAGUGAAUAUACAUUAUUUUUGACAAUUGUCGAUGAUCAUUCUCGCGGAGUUUGGGUAUAUUUGUUGCACUCAAAACGUGAUGUGGUUCUGAUUUUCUAA